AUGGCAUUGCCCCCUAGUCCCUUGGCUAUGGAGUAUGUCAAUGAUUUUGAUCUGAUGAAGUUUGAGGUAAAAAGGGAGCCCCCCGAGGGCCGAUCUGGGCCUCCCGCAGCCUCACUGGGCUCCACUCCCUACAGUUCAGUGCCACCUUCACCCACCUUCAGUGAUCCAGGUGUGGUGGGAACCACUGAGGGGGUCAGGCAGGGUCUGGAAGAGCUAUUCUGGCUGGCUGCACUGCAACAGCAACUGGGUACUGGGGAGGGACUGGGGUUGAGUCCUGAUGAGGCUGUGGAGUUUCUGCAGGGACAGGGACCAGUCCCUGCUGAGGGACCUCUCUCCCACUACCCAGGAAGUACAGAAGAGAUGGGUGGCCUGAAUCCCCAGGGGCUGGCAGAGCGGUUUUCGGAUGCUGCAUUGGUGUCCAUGUCGGUGCGUGAGCUAAACCGGCAGCUGCGGGGCUGCGGGCGGGAUGAGGCUCUGCGGCUCAAGCAGAGACGCCGCACCCUGAAGAACCGCGGCUACGCCCAGGCCUGCCGCUCCAAGCGGCUGCAGCAGAGGCGCGGGCUGGAGGCGGAGCGGGCUCGCCUGGCCGCCCAGCUGGACGCCUUGCGGGCAGAGUUAGUGCGCCUAUCCCGGGAGCGUGACCUCUACAAAGCCCGCUGUGACAAGCUGUCAGUCGGCGCCUCUGGCUCCAGCCUUGGCCUUGGCCCGGACCGAUCCCCACGCCCGGGGGACCACAGUCAAUUCUUUCUCUGA